GUCAUUGAAUUUACCAAGAUGUCGAAGAUGGGUCUAGUUUUUCUGAGAGGAUGUGUUAUUUAUGGAUUAUUUAAUUUGGUUACCUCAGAACAACUAUACAUGGGCGAAAAGGAAUUAGCAGCUUUAGAGGAUUCUAGAGAUGACAAUAAAGAGACAAAUGAAAGGACUAGUGCUCAAGCGAAUGCUAUUAGUAGCAGCAUGUACCGUCCGAGGCCGAAUCCGUUACCAUCACCGUCACCUAGCCCAAUGCCAAUUAAUGUUAGAGAGUGCUAUGUGUGUACUGACUGUCCGAAAGUCUCACUUAACACAUCUUCCAAGUUAUGUCCAUAUACUCUAGAUAUUACAAAACAAGGAUGUGUCUUUUAUGCAGAACAGUAUAAACAUAUGAAGAAACCAUGGUACAUUCGAGGGUGCGCUUCAGAAAGAGGGUCAUGUGCCGAUAUCAGAAAAGCACAUUCCUCUCAUACUGACGUGGUAUCUUUGUUGUCUUGUUCUGAUUGUGAAGGGGACAAAUGCAAUUCUAAUAGUGCCUCUCAGUUUAUGUCUAACUUUACAGUGGCAUUCGUUGCUAUGGUCGUUACACCGUUAUUUGCGAAAUAUGCGCUUUCCUAAGUGAUUAACUAAGCUAAAAAUUUAAAAAAGGCAAGAGAUUUAAUAACGAUGUCGUCUCGCUGUCUACGUCGCUUUAAAAUUAAAGCAAAUGUCUCAUAUAUUGUAUUUUUGUACCUUAAACUAAAUUGAACUAUUAAAACGAUUUCCUACAA